UUCGUGAAGUUGCAUUUGUUCCUCUUCUCAACAAAUACGUUCUGUCUCAGUCACUGUGGUUCGCGAUUUUAAGACUUUUUCAACUGUAGUCGGACUUUGCUGAAGCCUUUGAAGAUCCCGAUGGUUCCGCUGAGAUAGGCGCUUGCUUUGUCACGUAUCCGAAAUAAGGUACAACAAUUUUAAAUGUACAAACGACCAACCGACUGCGUUACCUUUAGUCGAUCAGGUUCAGUUUUAUUUGGUCUGCUUCGUGCCUUUGUCCUUGAUGCUAAUUCUUAAAUAGCUACUUUGUUGUAGUACGUGUUCACGUUUACUUCUUAGUCCGUCAGACUUCGCUGAUGCCUUUGGUGUUUCUGUUGGUUCUCCUGAUGGAGGUUUGUCUAACACGUGCUUUCUUUCCUUUCAAGUUUUUAAGCCCUUGUAGUUUAUCUUUACAUAUUUUAAGUUUAAAUUUAUUGUUUAUGUUGAAUUUUGGACUUGGCCAAAGUGUUCCAUCAAUGGAAUUUUGUUGCACUCAAACGUCUGACCUUAUGUGAACUCACAAUUAGCUUAAAUCAAACUUUCCAUUUUACGUCUGGUUCGUGUAAAUAUAGCUAUGAAUUAGUUGUUAACUAUGUCAACUCCUCCUCCCCCAAAAUGAACUAUGUAACCACCACAUAUUUACAGUAUUUAAUUGUCCACAAAUGUAUUUAGGAAAAUGUAACUGUACUUCGUUGUAUUGUUCAUGUCCCGCUAUAGUGUCCCUUUCAACGUUCCCUCGUCAUGUUUCAGCUGUCCAUGGUGCUAAACAAUUUUACUGUAUUUCCAAGUUCAUAACCUGUUACCCUCCUAAUUUUUCGUAUUAUCUAAAAUUUACAACAUUUUCUUUUGUUGGAAUAUAAAUUUAUCUGGUUCGUCCUUCACUAUAUAUGGCGCUUUAACUAAUUCAAAAAUAAUUAUACUUGCUAGUGUUAUAUAUCAACGAGCACUGCAGGUGUCACUGUGCACAAAGAAACCCACAUACUCUUUCACUCCCCACCCAUUUACCUCAGUUCGUUUUUAAACCAGCCUCCAGUAUUGUGCAGUAUUUCACUAUACAACACUGGUAAUGUGACCGUCGUCUUGCCCACUUACGUGAGUUUUAACCUGUCGUCUGCGUCGUCUACGUUCUACUCAUUAUUCUUACCACCAUCAUGACAUCUAACCGAAUAUCUCUAUGGUAUGGAUCUGUUUUUAUUUUCCUUGUCCUGCCCUCGGUUCGCGGAGACGUGAGCUAUUCUAUACCAGAGGAGAUGAAACGAGGAUCCGUAAUCGGAAAUAUCGCAAAGGAUCUGGGACUAGAAUUGGGCAGAUUUUCCGCUCGCAAGGCUCGUAUUGAUGCUGAAGACAACAACGUUCAGUACUGCGGAGUCAAUCUCAACACCGGAGACUUGGUUGUACAGGACAGGAUCGACAGAGAAGCUCUUUGUGCAAAAAAGGCCUCGUGUGUCUUGCAGCAGGAACUGGUACUGGAAAACCCGCUCGAGCUGCAUCGAAUUAAUAUCCGGGUUCAAGAUAUCAAUGACAAUUCACCACAAUUUAAGGAGGAGUCACUAAAAAUUGAAAUUCAUGAAUCGGCAGACAAGGGUGCACAAUUUCUUCUCGGUGAAGCACAUGAUGCAGACAUCGGAGAGAAUGCUGUUCAAAGCUACUCACUGCAGCACAAUGAUAAUUUUAAACUCAAUACUAAUUCAAGAAGUGGUGGAAAAAGGUUCUGCGAAUUAAUCUUAGACAAAGAGUUGGACAGAGAGGACAAAGAAGAACUAAUGUUUGUACUUACAGCAUUGGAUGGUGGCUCCCCUCAGAGAUCAGGCACCGUAGUUAUACACGUCACUGUGCUGGAUGCUAAUGAUAAUGUACCAGUGUUUAGUCAGAGCGUUUAUAAAGCAAUUCUGCCUGAAAACUCUCCUUUGGAAACGUUAGUGAUCACAGUGAGUGCAACUGAUGCAGACGAUGGAGUUAACAGUGAAAUUACAUAUGAAUUUGACCAUGUUUCGGAUGAAAACGCAAAUGUAUUUUCUCUACACUCCAAAUCCGGGGAGGUUCGAGUAGCUGGAGCCAUUGAUUAUGAAAAAGCAAGCGCAUAUGAAAUGCAGAUAAGCGCAAAGGAUGGUUUGGGGUUGGUUUCAUAUGCAAAUUUAAUAUUUGAAAUUACUGACAUUAAUGAUAACGCACCUGUUAUACAGCUAAAAUCACUGAGUAACCCCUUACCUGAAGAUGUGUCACCUGGUACAGAGGUGGGCAUCAUUAACGUACAGGACAGAGACUCUGAGGACAACAGACAGGUUCGCUGCUCCAUCCAGCAAAAUGUCCCAUUCAAGUUAGUUCCUUCCAUUAAAAACUAUUAUUCUCUGGUGACCACAGGACAACUGGACCGUGAACUAGUGUCUGAUUACAACAUUACCAUCAGUGCCACUGACGAGGGUUCUCCUCCUCUGUCCUCCUCUAAAACCGUUCACUUAUCUGUAGCUGACGUCAACGACAACCCACCUGUGUUUGAGGAACAGUCCUACAGCGCAUAUGUGAGUGAAAACAACAAACCUGGCUCCACCUUAUGUUCCGUUGCUGCUCGAGACCCGGACUGGAGACAGAACGGUACCGUGAUCUACUCUCUGUUACCUGCUGAGGUGAACGGUGCCCCGGUGUCGUCCUAUGUGUCAGUGAACGGAGACACGGGGGUGAUCCACGCUGUGAGGUCGUUUGAUUACGAACAGUUCAGGAGUUUUAAAGUGCACGUGAUGGCCAGAGACAACGGUUCUCCUCCUCUCAGCAGCAACGUGACCGUCAGUGUGUUCGUGUCGGAUGUGAACGACAACUCUCCUCAGAUACUGUACCCCGCCCCGGAGGGCAACUCGUUCAUGACCGAGCUGGUCCCCAAAGCUGCACACGGAGGCUCUCUGGUGUCCAAAGUCAUAGCGGUGGACGCGGACUCCGGACAGAACGCCUGGCUGUCCUAUCACAUAGUCAAAUCCACUGAUCCGGGACUUUUCACCAUCGGUGUCCACAGCGGAGAGAUCAGGACGCAGAGGGACGUUUUAGAGUCUGACAGCAUGAAGCAGAACCUCAUUGUGUCGGUGAAAGAUAACGGACAGCCCUCUCUGUCUGCCACCUGUUCCAUGUAUUUACUGAUCUCUGAUAACUUGGCUGAGGUGCCAGAACUGAAGGAUAUUUCUUACGAUGAGAAGAAUUCCAAGCUGACGUCGUAUCUGAUCAUUGCUCUGGUGUCCGUGUCCACGUUUUUCCUGACCUUCAUCAUCAUCAUCCUGGGUGUGAGGUUCUGUCGUAGGAGGAAGCCCAGACUGUUGUUUGACGGAGCAGUAGCCAUCCCCAGCGCUUAUCUCCCUCCUAAUUACGCAGAUGUUGACGGCACAGGAACUUUACGCAGCACUUACAACUAUGACGCCUACCUGACAACAGGCUCUAGAACCAGUGACUUUAAGUUCGUGUCAUCCUAUAAUGACAACACGCUGCCCGCUGACCAGACUCUGAGGAAGAGUCCUUCAGACUUUGCUGAUGCUUUUGGAGAUUCGGAUGGUUCUCCUGAGGUAGGCACUUGUCAUGUCACCACUGUAAGAUCUGUCGAACCAGUGAUUUACAGCCUUUCGUGUCGUUCUUCUUUUUAUUAAUUUUGUACAUCGCUUAGUACGCCUUAAAAACAAGCAGCGCAGUGAACGUUAACUUCUAGGCUUGUUCACUUCUGUGUGAAUUGGCAAUGUCAGCAAUUGUACACAGGCUGACGGCUGGUUACUUGUAACAGUUUUUUUUUUUUUAAUUUCAGUGUCUGCGUUUGUUGUGGCCUAUCGUUUUGUAGAUGCUCAAUUUGACGUCACAGUUUUCUGUCGCUCAACUUACAGGAACAUCAAUUUACCAUAUGAUCAGAUGCACACAAUUGCUAUAUAUAAAUCUGGCUUCUAUCAUUACAUCAUAUCACUCCAUUUUUAUGAUGAUACGAUGGGUUAAAUUGUCCUUUAUCUUAUCAACUUAUCACCUCAGAAGAUAAUUCUUGCUUAAAUGUAUUUACAAAAGUCACAUAGGCAUUUACAGUAGGAUGUUCGUUUUUCAUUAAGACCCAUAAAAUAAUUUGCCCUCUUUUUGCAAAAACUCAAUCCAAUAGGUGUUUUUGACUCUAUCUAACUAAGGACAAUAUAUUUUUGCAUGGAACUCUAUGUACAAAUAGUUGCUGGCUAUCUUUGCGUCUCUGUCCUUGGUAGCAAGCAGUUUGUUUCUUCAUCAGAGACAAUUCACACUUUUUGCACUGUCCUGACAUUCAUGGUGAAUAACUAGAUGUAGGAUAAUGAUAUAACUUUUAGGAGUGAUAUGCUUUUAACAGCAAACAGUGAGGGUGAAAAUAAACUACACAACUCUUAAAUUUGUCCUUUUUAAAUACCCUGAAAUGCCUGAUAUUUGAUCACCAGGGGCUGGUUUACCUGUUAGCACGUGUCGUACAUAAAUGGACAGAUUCAGACAUGCUUGAGCUUUGCUGGUGGCUGUUCCUGCUUUGAAUUGCUGCUUAUGGUUACUUGAUUAGACCUAUGCAUUUGUGUUUAUUUUCCCCUCUCAUUCCUUCCCACAUCCUUUUUUUUCUCUGUUUCAUUUAUUCUGAGCAGCAUUUCUCUGUUAUCUAAUGAACCUUUUCAUGCUAUCUUUUCAAGGUUUAAAAAGUUUGGGUCUAUAAUUAAGAGACAAAAUCUGUUUUCCUUCGUGUGCUUUUGUUCUUCCUUUUUUAUCAUUUCUAAGUUGUUGUGCUAUUGUCCAAUGUAAAUUUCCUUCAAUGUUAGACUGGUGGACAAUACGAUAGUUUACAGAGGUCAUAGUGUUGUUUUGGUGACCAAGCCAUUAUAACAAUUGAACAAAAUGUUUUUUAU